AUGGAUCGGGUUCUGUCAUUACGGCGUGAAUGCAGGCACAACCCAGACUACUUCUUGCUACCUGAUUCGCAUGGACUUGUCCAAAUCGAGCUCAACCGACGUGUCGGCAAGAAGAAGGACGGUGAAGCAAAAGACAAGGCUGCGUGGCCAGAGCAGCAUAGCGCUCUAGCGGAGAAGUAUGGCGUGCAAUGGCCACUACAACCUAGCAAAGAGCUUGCGUCUUCUGUUUGGUAUGACGUCCUACCUGACAGGGAAAAGGAGGUGCUGUGCUUCGUCAACAUCAUGAACGAGCGCAUCACCAACGUUGAUGACAAGAUUCAGUAUGUGGACAUUUCGCAAUCUGCAACGCGUCUACCAACCUCGACACGUGGUUCUCAGGUCACGCCAACCAUUUUGCCAGGGUCAAAACUCUGGCACGUGGGUCGGAAGCGCUUGUUGUUAGGAACAGAGCUCAUGGCUCUUCAAGGGCUACCAAUGACGGAGUUCCCAGAGAACAUCUUGACAACUUUGUCACAGAAGCAGUGCGCAGACCUUGCGGGAAACAUGUUUGCAGUUCCUUGUGUGAUGGCAGUUGUCAUGUCGGCUUUGUCCACUCUCCGUUUCGAGACGUACAGUGAAGAAGAAGAGCUGGAUGCAGUUGCAAGCUCAAUGCAGAAAUGGUGCAAGAGCUAA